AUGGUGUCCUUCUUUGGCCUCCGAUUCGGCAGCGACAAGAAAAAGUCGCCGAGCAAGCAGUCCGACAAGAAGCAGCUUUCGCCGCCGCCGCAGCCAACAACCCGACGAUGGAACACCGAUGGCCAAGUCAACCCGAAUGAGAGCUUCAAAUUCCCGAGGCCACAACAGCCGCCGCGACCAGGCACCUCCACCUCGACAAAGCGCAAUUCGACCUGGCGCGCGACCUUUAAGGGCAUCCCUGCAGCAUCCUCCAUGGUCGACCUUUCGGUACCUCGGAAACCGAGCGAGACCAGUUUGCGCCAUGGAAUUGACGGCAGUACUAGCUUCAAGCCCUGGAUGAAGAUGAACGCGAGCAUGACCAAUCUUGCCGUACCGGAUCCUUUUGGCGUCGACGGCAGCCGUCGGCCGGGAAUGCCGUCACCCCCUCCUGGUUCCAAGGGGUCGGAGUGGGUGAAUCCUUUGGAUGUUCAUUUCAGCAAAAAGCCUGGAAGCGUCUCGAAAUCAAUGAGUCGCUCGGGAAGCGGUAGCACCCAAGCAGCGGGGAAUAAGAGCCCGCUGAGCCAACCUGACGCGAAACCUCUGCCGGAACCGCAGCCGGAGCCAACACCAAACGAUUCGAACAGUUUGGAUGAGUUUGCCGAUUUUGGGGAGCCUGGGCCUGAUGUUGGAAUCCGUGGAUCGGGAUACGCGGGCUAUCCAUCUCCGCCUCAGUCAGUCGAAACCGAAGACCAGUGGCCUCCUUUGACCUCGCCAGGCGGAGACACUGGUGCAGAGUCGGACGAAGAGACCGACUUGGAAGCAGCGGCAGACAUGGAGUACGAGGAGCCAGACGACAAAGCGGACACUUAUGAACCGCCAAGCCAGUUCAUUCCCCCGGGAUUUGCCACUGGAUACGGCCCUGCGAUGCUGCCCAGCCCAUCCUCGUCCAUGUCGCGCAAAAGCGAAGACAAGCGGGCCUCGCCGGUCAUUCGAAAUGUCCAGGCGAAGCGAGACACGCUGACCUUUCUGUCCCCGCGGAGGAGGAGCUUCACCAUGGCCAUUGAGGCGGCAGACCUGGAGAAGCACCGACAGCAACAGCAUCCGGUGGAGGGCCUUGCCGGCAACUUUUCCGAUUUCGACUUUGGCGACGAGGUGACCAAGCAGCGCGCCGUGGCUGUAGGGACGCUUGACUUGGAGUUGGUGGAGAGCCCGAUUCAGAUGAAGGGACCACAUCCGUUCAGGGAGGUCCAGAAUGCUGAAGAUGAGGACGAGGACGAACCCAUGGACGCUCAGAAUGCCAGGGCUGGAGAAGAUGCCGACGAUGCUGCUAGUGAUGGCUUAACCGAGCCAAGUGAGACUGCGUCUUAUGCCUCGCCUAUGGCGUCCCCCGCUGCCUCUCCUAUGGCCUCUCCCAUGGCCUCGCCAGUGGCAUCACCUGCUGCAAGCCCGCAGCCAUACCAGGCCCGAAACCAAGCGCCAUAUCAAUAUCAGACGCGACGACAGCCAGACGAGCGAGGCGGCAGCCCUCAGCGCCUCAAGGUGGCCAUACCCGACGAGGACUGGGAAACUCCGUCGAUGAAUCAGCACCAACCGCUGCCUUCGCCCUCCGCCGUUUCGGCCGGCAUCGAAAGCCCUCGGCAAAUCAUCCGAAGACCGUCCCAGGCGAAUAUCGAAUCCCCAGUCGCUCUCGGCCCAGACUUGAACUCGUUUGCGCCCUCAACGCCCCAGGGCUUCAACACGCGCAUGACCUCUGAUUCGCGCGCCCGCGGUCCUCCUCAGCCCCUGCAACCCAUGCCCCCGGCUCCAUUCUCUAGCCUCAUGUCGCGGAUGGAGACGCCCACACAGAGUCCACGCAGCCCGUUUGGACCUGCCGUAGAUGACGACAACUACAUGCGCUCGCACGAGGCGCCUCGGCCGCCGAUCGACCGCGUGCCCCUGAGCCCCUUUGCUUCUCGAACGCCCAUGGAAGGAGAGUUUCCCAUCAUGAAAGGCCUUCCCCGAGGACGACAACCUCUUCGUCCUCCCAUGGCAAUCGGCGAUUCUCCAGAGACACGAUCCGACAGUCGGAGCCCUCGAGCCUUUGGCAAGUGGGGAGCCUUUGGCCGUGACCGAUCAGAGACACGGGGUGCCCCGGUGCUCCCGCGAAGCCCCCGGGGUCAGCGGCCGAGUUCGCCGAGCUGGUCUCUUUCCACGCCCACGUCGGACGUGGCGCCACGGCUUCCCAGCCCGACGUUUCCCUCGCUGGAGAAGGCCAUCUCGGCCUCGAGCGAGGACUUUGCCAAGUCGUUUGAGCUGUCGUUUGAUGCGCCUCAGCCAUCGCCUCUUGCCAAUGAAUUCACCCUUGACGAUUCGCCGAGCCCGGCCAUGAAACCGAGUCCCGUCAUCCGUGUUGAAGCGAAGAGAGCUCCCCCACGACCAACGCCUUCGCCCAUCAACCUACCGCCAUCACUCAUGAGGGACAAGGGCCCAUUGACGCCAAACAGCGUGUAUUCUCCUUCGGGAUCGACCUUUAUCUAA